UCCUCUUCCUCCUCCUCGUCCUCCUCCUCCUCCCUUCUCCCCAAAAAUCACCCAUCUGAUCUCUUUUCUCCCUCUCUCUCUCCUCUCUUCCUCAUUUCUUGACUUAUUCUGUUGGUUUUUAAGUGAUGACAGCACCCAACAUGGCGGCCAUUACUGCAUCUUUAGAGAGGUCUUUACAGAACUUUUCUCUCAAUACCAACAACAACGCUAAUGAUGAGCAAGAAGAAGAAGAAGAAGAAGAUGAUGAUCGAAGUAGCGGAGUUGCAGGCGGUGGUGGAGGGAUAUUAGGGAGGUCGUCAACAUCAGAUGAUGCCGCAACACAACAAAUUCUUCACCAUCGAAACUCUGAUACCACCUUGGAGCUUAACUCUCAUCUCUCUCUUCCUUAUCAUUGGGAGCAAUGCCUAGAUUUAAAGACAGGGGAAAUUUACUACAUAAACUGGAGAAAUGGGAUGAAAGCUAAAGAAGAUCCAAGAAUAAAUGGAGGCGUUUUUAAUGGAGAAUUCUUCUAUUCAGAGGAUGAUAGUUCAUAUGACAGCGCAGAAGAAUCAUCUUCAGAGUCUUCACCGUGUUCAUCAAGAGACCAUCUGCAACAACAACAGCAUUACCGAGUCGAGAGAGAAGACAGCGUGUUGGUUGUGGCUGGCUGCAAAGGCUGCCUCAUGUAUUUCAUGGUUCCUAAACAGGUUGAAGAUUGCCCUAAAUGUAAUGCUCAGCUUCUCCAUUUCGAUCGAUCUGAAAACUAAUUAAUCUUUUGUUUUCUUCUUCUUCAAAUUUGGAUUUUUGUUUUUUCCAUUUUCUUUUCCGUGAUUUUGAAAGAUUUCAGUGUGGAAUGAUGAAAUGUGAGGCAAAUGAAUCAUUAUAUUGACUACC